AUGAUUUUUAUUAGGUUAAAGACCAGUUCACAGAUGGUAAAUCGCGUGGAGAGAAAUGAGCUGGAGAGUUACACCGAGUCAGCGCGGGACACGGCUCCCAGGCCGGGCCGGGCCGGGGGUGGGAGGCGGUUCCCGACCCUAGGCGGCGGGACUCCCAAGCGCCGAGGGACCCAAGUCUCCACUUCACCCACACGCACACCCGGCGUCGGGGCGCCGCGGCCUCGCCCCACACGCCCAGCGCAGGCCGCAGCCUGGCCUGGGGAUCCGGCACCUGGGCAGGGUGAGCUCGGCCGGACAUCCUCCACAGGACAGCCCACACCCCGUAAUCGAGUCAAAAGCGCCCCAUCCCCCUGUUUCUCGCCGCGCAAGUUUCCCACCGACGCCCGCUCGCAAGGCGAGAGCCCCCGCGCGGCCCGGCGCGGCGCGGUCCCCAGGGACCGCGCGCAACAAAAGCCCGGCCCGCAACCCCUGCUCCUCGCCUUCCUUUUUCAAUUCUCCCCUGAUCUCAGGUGGAAUUAG